AUGUGGAUGAUGGAUGACAACACACUCUCUGAACACCCGGAACCCGUGGAAUUCCUCAACAACUAUCUGAGAGACAACCUGCAGCCCCACCCAGGAGUUCAGCCAAGGGAAACCAGCAGCCGUCCUGACCUGCCCGGACCUUUGCAGGAGCUGACCUGGGCGUCGGACCCCUCUGAGUCCCCGGAGAGGCAAGAUGCUCCUGCCAGGGGCUCUAGAGCCGAGCCUGAGAGCCUGGGGAGCGGGUCUUCCCAGGGAAGCCCACGGCAGAACCCCAGCUCGUCCACGCAGGUGGUGUUCUGGGCGGGCAUCCUGCAGGCCCAGAUGUGCGUCCUGGACCUGGAGGAGGAGCUGGAGAAGACUGAGGGACUGCGGGCCGAGCUGAGGUCCUGCAUCCCUGCGGCUCCUGUGGACCUCCCCCCGUUCCCCUCCAGCCCGGCGGGCCCCCUGGGCCCAGGCCCCCCCACCGGCUCCUCCUCAGGAGAGGACAGCAGCAGGCCCAAGGGAGAGAGCCAGACCCAGGUGUCCCCUGGGGAGGAGACGCCAGACUCCUCCCCAGAGUGGGGUGCCGAGGAGGAGAGCCUGUUCUUUGACAACCCCCUCUUCCUGGAGAGCCCCUGCUCAGAGACCAGCACUCCCAGAGAGUGCUUCUCCUGGGGGCACUCCAACUGCUGGGCUGACAAGGACGACAACAGGAGGCCUCAGAGCCCUCAGGCCCUGGAAGGGAGGCCCGAGAGCCCGCAGGCUAUCGAGCCACCUCUCCUGCUGGGCAGGGUGCCAUGGGGGCUGGGAGAUGAGCCAGACUCAGGGGACAGCAUGGCUGAUUCCAGCGGCCACACCACCCCUCCGUUCCCUGUGCCCACCUACAAACCACACUCCUUCUCCUGGGCCGAACCUGUCCCCACCCCACAGGCUCUCACAGCACCUCCCAGCUGGGUGGGGAGCGAGGCUUCUCUGGCAGGCAGUCUUGACCCUGCAGCCUCCUCUGUGGACGAGGCACUGACCUGGGAAACAGGCCAUGCCAGAUCUGACCCCAGCCCUGCCACCCAUCCUCCUCCUGUGCGUCCUCCGGCCCUGCCCAGUCCUGAGGGCUGGCAGACCGAGCAGGGUCCUUCCUGGCCCCAGCUGCCUCUUACCUUCCAGGACAGAGGUGACAGAGAUGCCGAGUGUCCCCAGGAGCCUGCUCCCUGCACCCCUGCCCCGGGCCCCUGGUGGGGCCCAGCCUCUCUGCCGGAGCCCAGCAGCCCUGAGUCUGGGAGCGGAGGCCUCGGGCCCAGGCCCAGCCCGGUGUCCUCAUCCUCCUGGGAAGGCAGCCCGCAGUCCCAGGACCGCCACCCCAGCACCGUCUUCCCCACGUGGACACUAGACGCUUCCUGCCUGGCCCUCCUGGAGACAGACGGGGCACAGCCUUGGUCCUCAGAGACAGAGGAGGCCCCAGAGGCCCCAGACCCAGGCGAGGAGGUGAAGAGUGAGGGCCCUGCAGGCACUGCUGACACUGACACCAGCGGCGCUGUCCAGCCCGAUGCUCACCUGGCUUCCGCAAAAGGAGUGAGGGCUCUGGUGGCCUUUUGCAGGCUUCCUGAGAGCCCCAUGCCCCAAGGGAAGUCCCCAGAGGAGGGCCAGGGGCCGCAGGCUGCAGACAAACUGGCCAAUGGCGUCAGGACGGACAAGCGGGCCUGGGACCUGGCCUCCCGCCUCUACCGCCUGGAGGGUUUCCGGAAGUCCGAGGUGGCUGUGCACCUGCGGAAGAACAAUGACUUCAGCAGGGCGGUGGCUCAGGAGUACCUGUCCUUCUUCCAGUUCGGUGGCCAGAGCCUGGACCGGGCCCUUCGGAGCUUCCUCCAGGCACUGGUGCUCAGUGGGGAGACCCAGGAGCGGGAGCGAGUCCUGUUCCAGUUCUCCAGGCGCUUCCACCACUGCAACCCCGGGCUCUUCUCCUCAGUAGAUUCCGUGCACACCUUGACCUGCGCCAUCAUGCUCCUGAACACGGACCUGCACGGCCCGAACAUUGGGAAGAGCAUGAGCUGCCAGGAAUUCAUAAACAACCUGAACGGCCUGCAGGACGGCGGGAACUUCCCCAAGGAGCUGCUGAAGGCCCUGUACUGGUCUAUCCGGAGUGAGAAGCUGGAGUGGGCCGUGGACGAAGAAGACGCGGCCAGGCCUGAGAAGGCCCAGUCCUCACCGCUCGGUGGCAAGAUGAGCAGCCCCUUCCUGCAGCUGGCCCCGGACCCCACGGGGCCCACCUACAAGCAGGGCAUCCUGGCUCGGAAGAUGCAUCACGACGUGGACGGCAAGAAGACGCCAUGGGGCAAACGUGGCUGGAAGAUGCUGCACACCUUGCUCCGAGGGAUGGUCCUCUACUUCCUGAAGGGAGAAGACCACAGCCCCGAAGGGGAGAGUUUGGCGGGGCAGAUGGUGGACGAGCCCGUGGGGGUGCACCACUCGCUGGCCACGCCGGCCACCCAUUACACCAAGAAGCCACACGUCUUCCAGCUGCGGACGGCCGACUGGCGCCUCUACCUCUUCCAGGCACCCACUGCCAAGGAGAUGAGUUCCUGGAUCGCGCGCAUCAACCUGGCCGCCGCCACGCACUCAGCGCCGCCCUUCCCCGCCGCCGUGGGCUCCCAGCGCAGAUUCGUGCGGCCCAUCCUGCCCGUGGGCCCUGCCCAGAGCUCCCUGGAGGAGCAGCACCGGUCCCACGAGAACUGCCUGGACGCUGCUUCCGACGACCUGCUGGACCUGCAGAGGAACUUGCCUGAGCGGCGGGGCCGCGGCCGGGAGCUGGAGGAAUACCGCCUGCGGAAGGAGUACCUGGAGCACGAGAAAACCCGCUAUGAGAUGUAUGUGCAGCUGCUGGUGACCCGCCUGCACUGCCCCUCGGACGACCUGGACCUGUGGGAGGAGCAGCUGGGGAGGGAGGCUGUGGGCCCCCAGGAGCCCAAGCCCAGCCUGAAGAAGUCCCACUCCAGCCCCUCCCUGCACCAGGACGAGGCCCCCACCACCGCCAAGGUGAAGCGCAACAUCUCCGAGCGCAGAACCUACCGGAAGAUUAUUCCCAAGCGGAACCGCCAUCAGCUGUGA